ACAUAAACCUAUUCUGAUAUAACCUGUAAAUACAAUUAUGAACCUGAAAAUGAGUAUAAUAUGAGCACUUCAAUUCAGAACUCUUGUAUUUUUAUUAAUUGGCUCAUAAAGUCAUUUACACAUGACGGGAAGAAAAAGGAGAUUCUCUUUUCCCUGACAGCCCUUUAAUAGAAUUACUUCAAAUUUUUGAGAAAAAAAAACCUAUUCGCUUUCUUGCCAAGCGUUAGCUGAGAUGAUCGAUACCAGUUAGCUUAGCUUAGCAUAAAGACUGGAAGCAGGGGGGAACAGCUAGCGUGGCGCUGUCACGGUCUCCUUGUGUUUCUGAUCUUUAUGCUAAGCUAACCAUCUCCUGCUUCAAAUUGAACAGACUUGCAGGAGAGUGGGAUCGAUCUUCUCCUCUGCAAGAAAACAAGUGUUUAUCCCAAAACUGCUGAAUUGUUCCUUUUAAUAAAGAGGAGCGUGGGAAAGUCAGCCGAAACAGAGCUGGAGUUUAUAUCCCGCGUGCCAGAGCAGCUGUCACUUUACACGCAACUUUGUUUUCAGAAAAGUGAUUUGUAGUCUGUGCUAUUACAUGAGCUACAACAAUAAGAAUGUGUGUGUAAUUAUAAGUUGUUCUGCGGUAAACUGAUGAACCACAUGUCAGAGUCCGGUUUAAAACUGGACUGACACCUUUAAUGUAUCGUGUGCUAAAAAUAAAAAACAAUUCCUUAACUGCAGCAUCAAAGUGCAGACGUCUCGGCUCACUUCAGACCUGUAUUUGUCCCUCGAGUAUCUGUGGCCAAAGCACGUAGCGUCGACCAGAGGCCUGACUGACGGCUGCCGCAGUAGCAAACUGCCCCGUCUGCCCCCCGAGGAGGCCGUCCCGUAUGACCAAUCCCCCCCCCCCUCUUCCUACUACAACAUUAACAGUUUACGUCCGGCAGCUCGUUGAAAGUAAACUGUGUACAGAGGCUUGAUGUAGCUGCGCAGAGAAACCCACUGACGGAUGAUAAAUACUGAGACUUCCUGAGCGCCCCUCUAGAGUCUGAUAGCUUCCUUUUCACACCAUCAUUCUCACACUCAAAGCUUUUUCUGAGAAUUUGUCAUUUACAAAUUCAGUUUUUUUUCUGUGAAUGUGACAUAUCUUUUAAUGCCAACUGCUAGGUAACCUGUUUGGCUAGAUGUUUUUGUACAACAAGUAACAAGCUUUACACAUUAAGUCAAAGGCAAAUGAUGCAGUAUGCAAAUCUUUACCACACCUCUUUGUUUUCUAUUUAUAUCCCAAUGUCGGGACUUUUAAAAGUCUGAACACCCACGCAACUGGGGCUGCAGUCAACACGUCAUUUUUCAUUAUCGAUUCAUCUUUCUGUUUAAACAAUGUGCGUCAACAAUGCAAUCGCAAAUUUCCCAGGAGCCAAAAGUGACACAAUAUUUUAGUUUUUGUCUGAAAACCCCAAAUAUAUUGGCUUUCCUGUCACAUAAGAAGUGGAGAAACCGCAAAUCCUCACAUUUAAUAAGCAAAUGCUUGACAUUUUUUGCUGAAAAAAAUGAUACGUGUUUUGGGUUCCUCGAAUUUGACGGAAUUAGGGCCUGGAAAGUCCUCGAAAAAGUCCUUGAAUUAGAUAUUUUAAAUAGGUGCGAGAACCCCGGAAUAUACAAGUGUGUCUAAAUAAUAAAUGAAGUUUGGAUUAUGAAGUAAGACUUUUGAUUUCCACCUGUGUUAUCGUUACAAGGCUGGACAAGAAAGCACUUGAAGUGGAGUUGAUCUGUUUAAAAAAUAAAAAAUAAAGAAAUGGCACAAAUGAAAGUUAAUAUGUUACAUGAACCCAGUGAGGUGUAGCAUGUCAGAGUCUUUACAAAAACAGCAUGAAGUGGACAGAAGACAGAGAAUAGAGAGGAGGAGCCAGCAGAUGUUUGCGAUAGGAGGGCUCUUCCUGAGUUGAGCCGUUUGCUGUGUGACCUGCUGUCUGCUUGCUCCACUCCCAGAACUAUGGACUAAAAACACAACUUAACUUUACAAAGAUUUGAGCAACAUUGGAGCUUUGGGUUUCUUCAUGUUUUUGCAGCCAAAACUCAUUCUCAACUGAGGAAAGAAAAGCUCGGGGGAAAAAAAAAAAAGAGAUGAGUGACCAAGAGAGCAGCACCUCGGCCUCGCAAACAGAGGGAGAGAUGGACGGAGAGAUGGACGGAGAGAUGAAAGGUGAAGAAGAAGAAGGUGAAAAACACAGGGACAGUCCGGUCCCCGGUCUGUCCAGCUUCUCCACGUCUCUAAGCGCCGUCAUGCGCAUCAAACAGAAGUACCGGGCCAUGAAGAAGAGGCGGCAGGACUUGGCCCUUGGGUUUGCAGCAGACGGGCCCCUCACGGGAGCUCCCCCCAGAUCCAGCCCCAAAAUCUUCACCUUCGACGGACUCACCCCGUCCAGCUUCUCGUCCUCUGUCCCGCAGCGGAACAAGAGGAAGAAGAGGAAACGGGUGUUGUAUCCCAACAGAGGGGGGUGCAGGGCGCCUCCGAAACAGGAGCGCAGCCGAGCCAAAUACUGCCUCGUCCUGCUCUGUGCCAUCGUCUUCAUCCAGGUGUACAACGCCAUCGAGAACCUCGAUGACCACGUUCUCAGGUACGACCUGGACGGGCUGGAGAAGACGCUGAGGCGAGAGGUGUUUGGGCAGCAGGGAGCCGUGGAGGGUCUGCUGUCCCACCUCAAGGACUACCUGUCCACCUACGUCCACAACAAGCCCCUGGUGGUGUCCCUGCACGGCCCCAGCGGCGUGGGCAAGAGCCACCUGGGGCGCCUCCUGGCGGGACACUUCCGCUCGGUGGUUGGGGAGACGCUGGUGCUGCAGUACUACGUCCUCCACCACUGCCCCCAGGAGGCGGACGCCCUGCAGUGCGCCGGCGACCUCGCCGCCCUCAUCUCGCAGAUGGUGGAACGCGCCGAGGAGGAGGAGAAGAUCCCGCUCUUCAUCUUCGACGAGGCGGAGCACAUGCACGCCGAGAUCCUGGACGCCCUGCUGCAGCUCGUGGCCUCCAAACAGUCCAACGAGUACCUGAACGCCAUCUACCUGUUCCUCAGCAACCUGGGCCACACGCACAUCACCAAACACAUGCUCCACAACUCCUCCAGUAUUUCUAUGGCGUCGUCGGCGUCGUCGUCGGGUCGUCAUAGCCACCUCGUGAAAGAGCUGACUCCGAUAUUACGCAGCACCCUGGCGAAGCUUCACCCGCUGUGGACAGAGGCGGACAUCUUACCUCUGGGCCUUUUGGAGAAAGGCCACGUGAUGGAGUGCUUCCUGGACGAAAUGACUCGAGAGGGCUUCUACCCGGAUCAUACCAACAUAGAGCGGCUCGCGGGGGAGAUUGAAUAUUACCCCGAGGCAGGGGGGCACCAAUACUCCCAGACGGGCUGCAAGCAAGUGGUCGCUAAAGUCAACCUGCUGUGAAAUCCCUCCGUAGGAAAUGUCUGAAUGUUUCACAUUCUUUGACGGAUGAAGAAAUGGUGCGCUGGGAGCAAGUGAGGUUACGUGGUUAUGAAACUUGAAUGACACAACUCGGAGCCACAGCUUUUCGAGAGCCGUUUUGUAAGAGUGUGG